GCCCGUCACCCGCCUGUACCGCCUGUUUCGGUUCAGACGAAGUAAAAAGUGGACAUUUGUAAGAAAAAUAUUUAAAUUUUCAAAAUCAUGAGGACGUUUGUGCUGUAUUUCGCUGUGAUAUUGUUGACCCAACAAUGCAUCAGCCUGCCAGUAAACGAGAACGUGGUGUCUGUGUAUACCACACACCCCACUACCAUGGGCACCAACCCACCGAUAGAUGUCUAUCAUCAGAUCGCCAGCAAUAUCGCUGAGAGGAUCACUUCGCCUAUUUACAAAUUCCUUGGUCUAAACGUUUCAAAGACGGAGGGUGGCGCAAAAUCGAAUCCAACAACACCAUCAGACAAAGCGUGGGGCAAGAUUGAACUACAAGAGGACCAGGAUCUGAACAAACAAGAUGUCAAACCGAUCGACAAUAACAUCUCAAAAGACAGAGAUGUUGAAGAAGUCUCUGUUGAUGCUAUACUUCCGAAGGCUGAUAAAAAGCCAGAGAAAAUCACUCUUUAUUCAAACUAUCUGCCAGUUCUAGCCAAAGCCAGUGGAUUCUCUCGAAGCGGAGCUCAAAUAGAAGCUAAGAAUGACACGUGGAAUGAUGAUGAUGACAGCUUCGGCUGGGAUAGCACAGACGCAGUAGCGAAACCCAAAGAAGGACCAUUUGUGUACAUUCUAGAAGUUUUAGGAAGUAUAAUUCAGUUAUUGUGGGGAGGCCUGAUGGCUUUGUUUAGGCCAGCAUCCGCUGGAUCGGCGAGUAAAGGGCUUUAAAUUUUAUGAUAGUACUUUUUAUGUUAAAAUUGCAUUGUAUACGGAAUGGCUAGUGAUUUUUUUUACCAAAUUACCUAGUGACCGUUGAAGUUAAUUUACAUUAUGUCAGAGAUUUUCUGUGAAGAAUUACUGAUGGAUACUGAAUUUUAUUUCGAUUUGCAUUUGCGACAAUAUAUAUGAUAAUUUGGUGCCUAAAACCUUGAUACAUUCCAAAGUUGAUUAAGAUAACUAUUAUUAUUUUCAUAAUUGUUAAUUAAUGGUUUAAAGUGAAGCUUUUUAAUCUGCUCUCUCGUCCUGAUGGUGCUAUGUUUAUCGUUUUCCGAUUACAAAUUGUUGUAGGUUUUUUUAUAUUCAUACAACUUUAUAUCUACUGCAGGCUUUAUAUUUAACCAUUGUUAUUAAUGAAUUCGAAAACCAUAACCACUGCUGCCAUCUUUAUUUAGAAUUUAAAACUAGCAAUAGGAAGAGUGCCUGUUUGAAAAUAUUGUUUUCUUUUGUUUUUCUUUUUUAUGUGUUUUGUUUUUCUUUUUUUGUAAAUAAUUCGAGGUGCCUAACCACUGGAAUACGAUGGGUGCCAUGAAGUGACGUGUAGUCAGAAUUUAAGUAUUUAUUUUAUUGAUUGAAACAUAUCCGUAAAUGUAAGAGUGUUUUGUAUUAUAACUAGAGUUAUGUGAAAUAAAGCAAAG